UCUGUGCUGUCUCAUAGCGGACUCUAGCCGAGAGUAAUUUGUUUUCUAGUGUUACGAAUUUUUUAUUUUCAAAAUAUAAAUAAAUAAAUUCAGUUGAAAAUCGACGGGAUUUAGCAAAUCUAGAAAUAUUGCUAUUAGCGCGAAACAGUUGAUCAAGGAAAUUUGAAAACCUAAAUAAAAAUGCGUGAAUGUAUCUCAGUCCACAUCGGCCAAGCCGGAGUCCAGAUCGGAAACGCUUGCUGGGAGCUUUAUUGCCUGGAACAUGGCAUUCAACCUGAUGGACAAAUGCCUUCUGAUAAGACUAUUGGAUGUGGUGAUGAUUCCUUCAACACUUUCUUCAGCGAAACUGGAUCUGGAAAACACGUACCGAGAGCUGUUUUUGUCGAUUUGGAACCAACUGUCGUCGAUGAAGUCCGUACGGGCACCUACAGGCAGUUGUUCCAUCCUGAGCAGUUGAUAACUGGCAAAGAAGAUGCUGCCAACAACUAUGCCCGUGGUCAUUACACCAUCGGAAAAGAAAUUGUUGAUAUUGUAUUGGAUAGAUUAAGAAAGUUGGCGGAUCAAUGCACUGGAUUGCAGGGAUUCCUGGUAUUCCAUUCUUUCGGUGGAGGCACCGGAUCCGGAUUUACAUCACUGUUGAUGGAACGUCUUUCUGUCGAUUAUGGAAAGAAAUCAAAAUUGGAAUUUUCUAUUUAUCCAGCACCUCAGGUUUCCACGGCUGUUGUGGAGCCCUACAAUUCAAUCUUGACCACCCACACAACUCUUGAACAUUCCGAUUGUGCCUUUAUGGUAGACAAUGAAGCUAUUUACGAUAUUUGCAGACGCAAUUUGGAUAUUGAAAGACCAACAUACACCAACUUGAACAGACUUAUUGGACAAAUUGUAUCUUCAAUUACUGCAUCUCUACGUUUCGAUGGAGCUUUGAAUGUGGAUCUGACCGAAUUCCAAACGAAUUUGGUGCCUUAUCCUAGAAUUCACUUCCCUCUGGCUACUUAUGCCCCUGUAAUAUCAUCAGAAAAAGCUUAUCAUGAACAACUUACUGUCGCAGACAUCACUAAUUCCUGCUUUGAACCUGCCAACCAGAUGGUGAAAUGUGAUCCACGUCAUGGAAAAUAUAUGGCAUGCUGCAUGUUGUACAGAGGUGAUGUUGUACCCAAAGACGUAAACGCCGCAAUUGCCACUAUUAAAACCAAACGCAGUAUUCAAUUUGUGGAUUGGUGCCCUACUGGUUUCAAAGUGGGUAUCAAUUACCAGCCACCAACAGUCGUUCCUGGUGGUGAUCUAGCUAAAGUUCAAAGAGCUGUCUGUAUGUUGUCCAACACAACAGCUAUUGCUGAAGCCUGGGCAAGAUUGGAUCACAAAUUCGACUUGAUGUAUGCAAAACGUGCUUUUGUCCACUGGUAUGUGGGUGAAGGUAUGGAAGAAGGAGAAUUUAGUGAAGCUCGUGAAGAUUUGGCAGCUUUGGAAAAAGAUUAUGAGGAGGUAGGCAUUGACUCUGUUGAUGGUGAAGCCGAUGAUGGGGAGGAAUAUUGAAAAAAUCAACUUUCACUUUAAUAAUCAA